CUUGGGGUCGGCGGUGUGGGGACCGCCCUGAGGUCCUUCCCCACGUGGCCUCCGAGACCUCGUUUGAGCCUCCUGGAAGAGAAGGGUCUAAAAUAGGGAAAGUUGUUAACCCUUGUUGAGGACCAGCCUCUUUCACCUGUCAGGCUCGUUUAAUCUGCCAUUUAACCGUGAGAGAGAGAUUGGUUUCCUGUUUACAGAGAAGGAAACUGAGGCCCCAAAAGGUGAAGUCAUUUGCCACAGAUCAUACAGCUGGGAAGUGACAGAUCUGGAUUCAAAGCGAGGCUUGGCUGACGCCAGAGCCCUUGUUCUUUGCCCUGCUGCGGGGUUGUCAAGCUUUAUCUGGGUAAAAAAUCCGGGAGUAGAGGCUGGAGUUAGUUCCUGGGGCCCCACGAAUUCGAUAACCACUGUGGGUUCAUAUCAGGAAUGAAAUCUGAAAGCUAAGAGCAGAAGCCCUUCUGGUCAACAUGGAGGACAAGAGACGGCGAGCCCGCGUGCAGGGAGCUUGGGCUGGCUCUGCUAAGAGCCAUGCUGUUGCUCAGCCAGCUACCACUGCUAAGAGCCAUCUCCACCAGAGGCCUGGUCAGACCUGGAUAAACAAGGAGCAUCAUCUGUCAGACAAACAGUUUGUAUUCAAAGAACCCGAGCAGGUCGUACGCAAUGCCCCCGAGCCACGAGUGAUCGACAGAGAGGGUGUACAUGAACUCAGCCUGUUACCCACAGGUGUAUCUAGGGUACGUUUGUAUCGUGGCUUUGUUGACUCAGAAGAAGCCGACCAGAUAUUGGAACAGCUUUGUCAAGAUGUUCCCUGGAAGCAGAGGACCGGCAUCAGAGAGGAUGUGACUUACCAGCAACCAAGACUUACAGCAUGGUAUGGCGAACUUCCUUACACUUACUCCAGAAUCACUAUGGAACCAAAUCCGCACUGGCAUCCUGUGCUGCGCACACUGAAGAGCCGAAUUGAAGAGAACACGGGCCACACCUUCAACUCCUUGCUCUGCAACCUUUACCGAAACGAGAAGGACAGUGUGGACUGGCACAGCGAUGACGAGCCCUCGCUGGGGAGCUGCCCUGUCAUUGCUUCGCUCAGUUUUGGUGCCACACGCACUUUUGAGAUGAGAAAGAAGCCCCUGCCAGAAGAGAAUGGAGACUACACAUAUGUGGAACAAGUGAAGAUACCUUUGGAUCAUGGGACCUUGUUAAUCAUGGAAGGAGCUACGCAAGCUGACUGGCAGCAUCGGGUGCCCAAAGAGUACCACUCUAGAGAGCCAAGAAUAAACCUGACCUUUCGGACAGUCUACCCAGACCCUGGAGGGGCGCACUGGUGAUGGGAAGGAAGCCUUUGAGAGAGAAGCUGUGCUGAGACUGAGCAAACCGUCCACCGUGAAAAGACUUCAAAAGGCUGGUCCAGCCGAUCUUCUGGCUCGGCUGUUUGGAAGAUGAGGGUGGAAUUGACUACCCAGCUUAGAGUCCUAUUAAGUGCCAGCCCGCAGUUCAUCUUCAUAAUAUGUUUACUGCAGAAACAGUAGUCCCUAAUCACAUCUUGAAAUCACAUAUUUUGUUUAGGCAAAUUACUGUGGCUGUGCUCACAGAUGAUUCUGUCCAUAAGCAGUUUUUCUCCUGCUGUCCCCUGCUUUGUUUGAAGAAAAAUGAAUGGCCUCUGCCCCUGGUAUAAAUCCACACGUGUUUGUUCCUUGUGACUUCAGUGAAGUGGAGAUGUAAAUAUGCGUCAGUGACGCUGGAGCCUUUGGUAGACAGACAGCUGCUGAAACCCAAACAGAGGUGGUUUCACAGAGCUUUGUUGGAGUCAGCCUCACCCUGACUCCUUAACGUUUCAGCUAGUGCACUAUUGUAAUGGAAAGCUUCAUGUUCUGGAAGCACUGUAUUUAACUGUGUCCUUGCCUGACAGUCUUCCCUCAGGACACUCAGGCAGGCUACAGGCCUGGGGAUAAAGAGCGAAGGCCAUGUUCUCUAGGCCGGCCAUCUUCAAGCCACCACCUGAACCUACUUGUAAUCCAAGAGAAAACUGUCCCCUUAAAGGGAGGAAUACUUGACUGAUGUCAUGAGAAAUUUAGGCUCAGAGCAGCAAAUGCCCUGCUAGUGACAGCUGUUCCACAUAAAUUCGUUUCCCCUAGAGAAUGACUGGAGUCAUUUAAACCCAAACCGGAUAGAAGCCAGAGCAGUUCUGCAGGGGAUAGACUCAGUGACCUAAUAGUUCUCCUUGCUUUAGAUUUCAGCAGCCCUGUGACUAAGGCUUUCUUCUGACUCAGUUUCCUCCUAGACACAAGUUCCCAAGAUUCAAGGUUGAGUCCCUGAUGUCACUGAAGCUCCCAAAACAGAACAAAGUGGCUGCCCCUAAUUGCAUCAUAAAAGCGCGUGUUGUCUUGACCUCUGACUUCAGGGCACUGUGCCAGAUUAAUUCCAAACCAAGAUAAGGAAAACCUGAGAAAAAGAAAAUGGGUGAAAAUAGGGCAAGAAGUUAGAGUUUCCCUAGCUGCCUGUGGGGAAAAUUUACAGAGCCGCCUUGCUUUUGAUCUUGUUUCCGAUCUAUGCUGUAAGAUCGAUGAUCCCGUGACCAUGGCAGAGCGCCAGAGGCAAGGCAGGCACUGCCCCAGAACGGAGAUGUAACGCCAUGGCUGGCCAGGCUCUGUUCUCUGACAGGCUCUCCAGCAGGCUUGCUGGCUUCUUGUAUUGGAGUCCCUCCACCUUUUUUUUUUUUUUUUUUAAAUGUUGUUGCAUGGGUACAGCUCCUUUCUCUAAGAAAUCCUCAAUGCUUUAUAAAAUCCGAGCAUCACACUCCUAAGUCGUCCUGUGAGGGAGGUA